CUCCCCCAGUACUCUUUCCUCUCCUCUCCUCUCCACUCACUCAACCUCUCUCGCCCCUCUCCCGGUCUCCCCUCCCCCGCCGCAUCCGCUGCGCGUGACCACAAGCUCCUGCCGCAACCACGCGACUCUGCCCGCCGACCACCGCAUCUGUCGCAUGCAUCGGUGGUUGCCGCACGACGAAGGUCACGGCUGGUCCCGCGACGGCCUCGGCUGGAGGAGGACGAUAGGUCCAUAGCGACGGACGCUCAAGUAAGAGGAGCGGCCCAAUGGCGGCGGCCUCGAGCACGGGGAUAAGUGCAGGCUGGGGAUGCAGGAGAGGUGCAGCGUGGGGUUUGGAGCUCCCACGAGCUGGGUGCGGCGCAUCCGACGACGACAGACACAGGGACACGUUGAUCCGGGUGUGGGUGCUCAAUUCGGUCCCGUUCUGGCCGGAUCCGCGGCGGUGCUCAUCUCCGGCGAGGUGGCCUAUGACUCGCGGGACGACGGCGGCGCAAGACCACAGGAGGGGCUCAUCUCAUGGGACAUGGGCGCGAGGUCUUGUUGGCUUCGGUUGCCGGUGGCUUGACGCAGGGGUGGCCGGGGUCCGGCGCCAUGGAGGCUCUUCGAGGACGAGGAAGCAGACAGCGACGACAACUUUGAGGCCGGCGGGGGCGCCGUCUCCGCGUUCGAUGGUCGGGGUCCAACGCGGCCGCCGUUGGCUCCAUACCCUACAGUUAUCAUGCGGAUAAGAGAACCAAAAACUACCACAUUGAUAUCUGCUUCAGGAAAAAUGGUUUGCACUAGAGCAAAAAGUGAACAGCAAUGUAAACUCGCAGCUAGAAAGGUCAAAUAUUUGACGAUGUUUUCUUCUCCCAACCUGGCAAGGAGUAAGAAGUCAGUUGGAGUGAGAAGUGAGACAAGUACAAUGAGCUCAAGUGAUUCAUUCACCAAGCUGGUAAACGCAUAAACUUCAAAAAAAUCAUCUCAAUAAGGUAUGCAAGUAAUUUAUUUUGGGUGUUUGAAUUGCCACAUUUUGGGUUUUGUUUUCAGUCCAUUAUAUAUUCUAGGGACAAACUUCAUCUCAUUUCUUAGACCAAAUAAUAUUUAACUACAGGAUCAGAUUCGCGUAAAGUAAUUUGCAAUGUUUAUUCGAUUUUGUGCAUGACAAGGGGCAAGUAGAAUUUUUUCUGUAUGCACUUAGCAAGAUUAAAAUAACAUGCACAAAGUGAAUCAAGUGUGUUCAACAAGCAAUUUAAAAGUGAAAGUAGAUAAACAACUUACUGAUCCACAUAGAAGAGUGCCGAGUAUUGAGAUUUGAUUUGCCGCAUUGCAAUGGUCCGCUAUGGUCCUGCAGUAAUAUGUGUAUGACAGCAAAAGGAUCUUCAAAUCAGUAUAUACACUUAACUUAUCCAUUAUAAUUCGAUAUAUUAUAUGAGAUAACUUGAACAUCUUUAGAAACCAGUGUGAAAAAAAUAUAGCAGCCAAAUCGCAUUACAAUACUAUUACGUGUGGAUUUUCAUAUGCACAUUCCCAGACGCUACAAACUUGAUUAGAGCCGAAAGAAGGAAAUGCACAUCACAGUUGCAAUGACGCUAGGAGAAGCCUCUCCACAUCUGCAUGUUGAGAGACUUGAGCUAUUAAUUUUGCAGGCACUCCACACAAGCACAUGCAUGUUAAGUGAGGGUAUACGUUAUCAUUUUGGGUAUGAUCGAAUGGAAAUACCUGUUCAUGUCAUCCUCUGAUCCACUGAUCCAAAUCAUCCUGCAAAGCUCAUGCAUAAUGGUUUAGGAAAUAAGGUAUAGAUGCUCAAAGGACAAGAUUGAUAGCUAACAAAUAGUUGAUGCUUACAAUUAGCCUGUGGUCUCCUCCUCCAACAUGUGUUUCCUGUUUGAGCGUUGUGAAAGGUCAGGAGGUCCAAGCAGGUCAAGGCGAUGGCGACCUUUGACUUUGGAAAUGCAAACCCCCUCUCGGUGGCCCUCUCCACAACAUCAUCCAACAUAUUGACGUUUAGCUGACAGAAAGGAACUAUACACAUUUAGCUAGGAAAUCUAGGAACAAGAAAAUAGACCGGUCGGCAUGUUAAGGAUAAAGAAUGCACUAACUUUCAAACUGUUUUGAUGCCUGACCACAUAUAUUGUCAACAUGGAAAUUCUGGUUUCUGAAAUCAGUUUCCUUGCUCAGUAGAACACCUAUUAUGAAAUCUGUUUGUUCUAGAGCCGAGUGCAGACAUCACUUUUGUUAACCGUGAUGCUAUAAUACUCGGGAAAAUUGUGUUAUUAGGAAAUUGGUCAAGGCAUAUAGCUCCAUCUAUGCUCCCACAGACAUAAGAUGAUGAGACUAUUAUAAACAAAUUCAUCUUGUUU